CCUUAUCUUCCUCUCAGUCGAUAUUCAUGGAACUUAAUGCAAAUAGCCAAGGUAUAAUUAUAAUUGAUUCCUUGAAGGAGUAACUCGCGCGCGCGCUUUGUCGUCUCCGCCGCGAUUACCGCGGGGUGCUUUAGCCAUCAUUAGCCGCGCAACAUAUUGAACGACAUGCACACGUGCGUUCCGCCAAGCCCGUUGAUUUUUAACGUUCAAUGGUGAACAAAGGAGGAUGAAGCGCGCCAACACCAUCAGCCGUACCGUGGAGAUUUGUCUUCGUGUAGCCGGCGUGUGGCCGGACUCGGCUUACGCGGACCUCCAUUGGCUCGGCUACAUGACGUCGGUCGCGAUAGUGCAGUAUUAUCAGUACGCGUAUGUGCUCGCGCAUUUCGAGCUGAACAACCUCUCGACCCUCGUCGACUGCCUCAGUCUUACUAUGGGGUACACCCUCGCUUUCAUCAAGCUCUUCGUCCUCUGGUGGAAUCGCCGGACAUUUUAUUACGUGCUAAGGACGAUUGACCGGGAUUGGAGAGAAUGCGACUUCAAUCAAUCGUACUUGUCGACGAUGAUGAGCAUGGCGGACGUGGCGCGUCGUUUCGCUAACAUAGUCUUCACUAUGAACGCCUCUGUCGCAUUCUUUCUUUCAAUUGGCGAGCACUUCGUUCAGUCGAUGAACGAGGACAAUCGACUCGCCAAUAGCACCCGGGAACUCCCGAUCAAGAUGGAGUUUCCAUUUGAGGUCAGCAAAUCGCCCAUUUUCGAGUGCUUUCUGAUCGGGCAAUUUCUCUACGACUUGGUGAUUGCUUGCAUAGUCGGUAUGAUAAACGCUUUGCUCGUCUCUUUGGUAAGUUUCCGCGAUGCGAUUCAUGCAUCUCCAGAUGUAGAUAUGACAUUCUGCAGUUGAAAAUGUACAAUUAUUGCAAGAACUUAAUCUAUGACUGUAAAAUAGUAAGUAGUCAAAUUGGCGGAAGAAUUUUUUAUCUGCUAU